AUGUCCAAAACUUACCAGUUCAAAAUCAGUUCAAAAUCAGUUCGAAUAAGAACAUCACCCACAAGUUUAGACAACAGGUCUGCUAGCUCCGAUGAAGGUAGUAUCAAUUUAAUCGGCCAUUCAUCAAUAUCACAAUAUAGAAGGGAAUCUUCAAGGGCCUUUAGCUCUGAACUACCUCAAAACCAUGUUAGAACUGUGUCGGAUUCUAGUGCAUUUUCUAAUGCAAAUUUUCAAGAAACACAAGGUGAUGAAAAUAGUGCUUCUCAGCUGUCAACAAGUCCAGGCUAUAGUAGAGAUACUUCUGGGGAGUUAAAUCCAGGGUUAGAUACUCCCAUGCCUUCAAUGCAUAGAGAACCUGAAUUCCCGCCCCGACUUAUGGAUACCAGGGGACCAAAUCUGAGAUUACCAAAAAGCCUUGCAUCAAGACCAGUUCACAACGGUUAA